GCCUGGCUGGAAGUAGGCAGUCCCGCUUCCUGUGACCUUGGGGGCUUGAACAGGACAGGGCCCAGGGGGCCCAGUGCACUACUUCUUUCCCCAAGCCUUUUCUCUUCAUCGCUCCUCCUCUGUCGCUUCUUCCCCGCCCUCUACUGCCCUAAACUGCUUCCUGGGCCGGAAACUGUUUGGCUUUUUCCUGCCCCAGUGAGGGUUGGAGGGGGCGGGGGUUGUCGCAGCCCUUAACUUUCAGGGAACAUGGAGCCCAGGAAGGCGGUGCCUGGGGUGCACAGCUGCGGGCCUCGGGUGGCCGCGGGGUCAGGGACGGCCGCGGAGCUCGUGUACCAUCUAGCGGGGGCCCUAGGCACGGAGCUGAAGGAGCUGGCGCGCCGCUUCGGGCCGGAGGCGGCGGCCAGGCUAGUGCCGCUCGUGGUGCGGGCGCUGGAGCUCCUGGAAAAGGCUGCGGUGGGUCCGGACCCAGACUCACUGCAGGUGUCCGCGCAGCAGGCCGAAGCAGAGCUGCGGCGGCUGCGGGAGGAGAACGAGCGCCUCCGCAGAGAGCUGCGCUCCGGGCCACAGGAGGAGCGCGCUCUCCUGAGGCAGCUCAAGGAAGUGACCGACCGCCAGCGGGACGAGCUCCGCGCGCACAACCGAGACCUGCAGCAGCGCAGCCAGGAGACCGAGGCGCUGCAGGAGCAGCUGCAGCGCCUCCUACUGGUGAACGCGGAGCUGCGGCACAAGCUGGCCGCCGUACAGACUCAGCUGCGCGCGGCGAGGGACCGUGAGAGGGAGUGGGAACUGCAGAGCCAGGGGGCGGUGGAGCUGACGCGGGAUCGGACCAGGGGCUCCGGGUACGAGCAGAGGCAGGAGCCCGAGCGGGCCACCGCCGACGCAGGAGCCCCGGGGAACCCUGAGGACCCGCAGCCAGGCCACCCCUCCAAGGCAGGACAGUGCAGCUUCAGUCGAGAGGAGCUCGAGCAGAUCCUUCAGGAGCGGAAUGAGCUUAAAGCCAAUGUGUUCCUACUGAAGGAGGAGUUGGCCUACUUCCAGCGGGAGCUGCUUGCAGACCACCGGGUCCCUGGGCUUCUGGUUGAGGCCAUGAAGGUGGCUGUCAAGAAGCAGCGGAAGAAGAUCAAGGCCAAGAUGUUAGGGAUCCCAGAGGAGGCAGAGAGCAGUGACGAUGAAGACAGCUCAUGGCUCCUGCUCUCCAGUGAUAAGGGAGCCCACUCUGCACCCACUGAGUCCAGAAUACAAAGUUUCUUUGGCCUGUCCUAUCAGAGUGAAACAGAGGCCCGUGAAGCCCAGACCAGCAGCAUGGCUCCCAGUGAGCUAGGGGGAGAAGAGGAGGCCCCACAACAACCCCACUUGGAGCCUGGGGGCAGCCCCACAGUCCUCAAUUCCUGACUGGCUCUGCUCUGCACCCGAUGAACAUCUUUGUCUGGGGCAGUCUCAGCUGCCCCAGAGAACUGACUUUAGAAUCCGGCUAUGAGGGCGC